AUGCUCUGCUCUGUGGUUUCUUUCAAAGAUGAGAGAAUGGACAACAAGGAGAGCUCAGUGACCAAAAAAGGUUCAAUUCAAUUGCAUAUUAAGGAAAGCUUAAUGGUGGAAUCUAACAGCUUUUUGGAGAUUAUAAGCCUGGCUCAAGAGAUGGACGUGGACCCACCUUUCGAGGAGACCUACAAGACCCUCUUGGACAAAGCCACAAAAGUUGCAAAUGAUCGAAAAGAGGUUGUUAUUAUUGAGGAAUGUGAGCUUCCAUUGAUUGAUCUUGGCCGUUUAAGUCUUGGAAAAUUGGAGAAAGAAAAAUGCAAGUCAGAGAUUGCUAGGGCAUCACAGGAGUGGGGAUUCUUUCAAGUCUUGAAUCAUGGGAUUUCAUGUGAGAUUUUGGAGAAAAUGAGAAGUGAACAAGUUAAGGUUUUUAGACAACCUUUUCACGAAAAGAGCAAAGAAGAAAAGUUCUUUAAUUUCUCUAGCGGGACUUAUCGAUGGGGGACAGCUUCAGCUACUUGCCUUAGGCAGUUGUCCUGGUCUGAAGCUUUUCAUAUUCCGAUGAGUGACAUACCGGCUUCCAAUGGUUUCAGUACUCUCAGCUCGACAAUGGAACAAUUUGCUACAACAGUUGCCAAUCUAGCACAGAAAUUAGCUGAGAUUUUGGCGGAGAAGUUAGGCUGCAAGUCUAAUUUCUUUCAAGAAAAUUGUCUGUCGAGCACUUGUUAUCUACGAAUGAACCGAUACCCGCCAUGUCCCAUCCCUUCAGAAGUGUUUGGUCUCAUGCCACACACUGACAGCGACUUUCUCACAAUUUUGCACCAAGAUGAAGUUGGAGGAUUGCAAUUAGUGAAAGAUGGGAAAUGGUUUGCUGUCAAGCCUAACCCUGAGGCUCUAAUAAUUAAUAUCGGAGACCUAUUUCAGGCUUGGAGCAACAAUGUGUAUAAGAGUGUCCAUCAUCGUGUUGUCACAAAUCCACGAGUUGAAAGGUUAUCAACUGCAUAUUUCUUCUGUCCUUCCUAUGAUACGGAGAUACAAAGUUGCUACGAGCCUUCAGCUUAUAGGAAAUUUAGCUUUAGAGAGUAUAGGCAACAAGUGCAAGAGGAUGUUCAAAAAUUUGGUCUUAAGGUAGGGCUCCCUAGGCUCGGAAAAUCAAAGAGCAGCCCUCAACUAAACCGAUGGUCAAGAGCUCGGUCCAUUCGGUCCGGUCGAAAAUUAGACAGGCCGACUCAGCGAACCACACAGGGUCUGGAGCUGAACCCACAAGCUCAGAACCCAAAAGGGAGUGAAAUAAAAGAGGCUAAUACCUUAACGGGGAGUGACGGAUAUGAUGACGUGGAGGUUACUUUUGGGAAGGCUAUUUAUAUGGUUUCUGACGGAACUGGAUGGACGGCUGAGCACUCCGUUAAUGCUGCUUUGGGUCAGUUCGACUACUGCUUGGUUGAUCGUGGGUGUCCCGUAAACACUCAUCUGUUUUCAGGGAUUGAUGAUGUGGAAAGGUUAAUGGAGAUCAUAAAACAAGCAGCAAAAGAAGGUGCAUUGGUAGUCUACACAUUAGCUGAUCCUUCAAUGGCUGAAUCUGCUAAAAAAGCCUGCAAGUUAUGGGGCAUCGCAGCUACAGAUGUACUAGGCCCAAUAACAGAAGCCAUUGCCUCUCAUCUCGGUGUCUUGCCUUCUGGUCUUCCUCGUGGAGCUCCUGGUAGGAGUUUUCCUCUUUCAGAGGAUUAUUUUCAACGAAUAGAAGCCAUUGAAUUCACCAUUAAACAAGAUGAUGGGGCAUUACCUCAGAACUUGUACAUGGCUGACAUUGUUCUUUCUGGAGUUUCUCGGACCGGAAAGACACCUUUGUCAAUAUAUUUGGCACAGAAAGGAUAUAAAGUCGCAAAUGUGCCAAUUGUAAAGGGUUUAAAAUUGCCAAAUAGCCUUUUUGAAGUUGACCCUGAAAAGGUUUUUGGCUUGACUAUCAAUCCUAUAGUGUUACAAGCAAUAAGAAGAGCGAGGGCGAAGAGUCUGGGUUUCAGUGAAGAUAUGAGGAGUAGCUAUUCAGAGAUGGAUCAUGUCAGAGAGGAGUUGGAAUUUGCUCGCAGGAUCUUCGCACAGAAUCCUGUUUGGCCAGUAAUUGAAGUGACAGGAAAAGCAAUUGAAGAAACUGCAGCUGUAAUUUUAAGGCUAUACCAUGAUCGGAAACAAAAAUGUUCAAUGCCACGAAUCUCAAAACGCUACUAA